AUGGCGAUAGGUGGCUUCGUGGAAGGCCCUGCCGCUGCCGGCGCCGACUACGGUGGCCGUGUGACGUCCUUCGUGGUGCUCUCCUGCAUCGUGGCCGGCAGCGGUGGCAUCCUCUUCGGCUAUGACCUCGGCAUCUCAGGUGGGGUUACCUCAAUGGAGUCGUUCCUGAGAAAGUUCUUCCCGGACGUGUACCACCAGAUGAAAGGUGACAAGAACGUCAGCAACUACUGCCGCUUCGACAGCGAGCUCCUCACCGUCUUCACCUCCUCCCUCUACGUCGCCGGCCUCGUCGCCACGCUCUUCGCCUCCUCCGUCACCAGGAGGUUCGGCCGCCGCACCUCCAUACUCAUCGGAGGCACCGUCUUCGUCCUUGGCUCCGUCUUCGGCGGGGCAGCCGUCAACGUAUACAUGCUCCUCCUCAACAGGAUCUUCCUUGGCAUAGGCCUCGGCUUCACCAACCAGUCAAUUCCACUAUACCUAUCAGAGAUGGCGCCACCGCAGUACCGUGGGGCAAUCAACAAUGGCUUUGAGCUAUGCAUCAGCAUCGGCAUCCUCAUCGCGAACCUCAUCAACUACGGAGUGGAGAAGAUCGCCGGCGGAUGGGGCUGGAGGCUCUCUCUGUCCCUGGCCGCCGUGCCGGCCGCGUUCCUCACCGUCGGCGCGAUCUUCCUGCCCGAGACGCCCAGCUUCAUAAUCCAACGCGGCGGCGGCGGCGGCAACAUCGACGAGGCAAGGCUGCUGCUGCAGAGGCUGCGUGGCACCACCAGGGUCCAGAAAGAGCUCGACGAUCUCGUGUCCGCGGCUAGCCAGGCGUCCAGGACGACGACGACACGGCGCCCGUUCCGGAACAUACUGAGGAGAAAGUACAGGCCGCAGCUGGUGAUAGCGUUGCUGGUGCCCUUCUUCAACCAGGUGACCGGCAUCAACGUCAUCAACUUCUACGCGCCGGUCAUGUUCCGGACCAUCGGGCUCAAGGAGAGCGCGUCGCUCAUGUCGGCGGUGGUCACGCGCGUCUGCGCCACGGCCGCCAACGUGGUGGCCAUGGUGGUCGUGGACAGGUUCGGGCGCCGGAAGCUCUUCCUGGUGGGCGGCGUCCAGAUGAUCCUGUCGCAGGUCAUGGUCGGCGCGGUGCUGGCCGCCAAGUUCAAGGACCACGGAGGGAUGGACAAGGAGUACGCGUACCUGGUCCUGGUCAUCAUGUGCGUCUUCGUCGCGGGCUUCGCCUGGUCCUGGGGCCCUCUCACGUACCUGGUGCCCACCGAGAUCUGCCCGCUGGAGAUCAGGUCGGCGGGGCAGAGCGUCGUCAUCGCCGUCAUCUUCUUGGUCACGUUCCUCAUCGGCCAGACGUUCCUGGCGAUGCUGUGCCACCUCAAGUUCGGGACCUUCUUCCUCUUCGGCGGAUGGGUGUGCGUCAUGACGCUCUUCGUGUAUUUCUUCCUGCCGGAGACGAAGCAGCUGCCGAUGGAGCAGAUGGAGCAGGUCUGGAGGAGCCACUGGUUUUGGAAAAGGAUUGUAGACGCAGACGCAGAUGCAGGGGAGGAAGAAGAGCAAGGCCAAAGGAGACCGAGGAGAGGAGAGGCAGCGGCAGCGGCAGCAGCAGCAGCAGGAGGAACCAUAGCUCUGUCCGCCACAUAG